CCUCACUUCCUAAGUAUACCCAGGUGAGCCAUGCAAGGGUGUGGUUCACAAAAAAAAAAAAAAAAAUCUUCUCACUGUCACUUUGUCUUGCCACAAAGAAGCUGGUUUAACUCUUUGAACAGAGGACACUAUCAUUUGGAUUUUCUUCUUAAAAACAUCUAUAUCUUGACGUGGUCAUUGGAGCCGUUGGAGCCAUGGGAGCACUGCAGUGUAUCAAAUACUUGGUGUUUGUGUUCAACUUUCUCUUCUGGCUAGCAGGUACCGGGGUGCUGGCUGUGGGCCUAUGGCUGCGUUUUGACUCCAGGACAGCAGGACUGUUUGAAGGAGAGGACGCGCCUACAGUCUUCUUCACCGGUGUCUACAUCCUGAUUGCGGCCGGAGCUCUGAUGAUGGUCGUGGGCUUCCUGGGAUGCUGCGGCGCCAUCAAAGAGUCGCCGUGCAUGCUGGGAUUGUUCUUCCUCUUCCUGCUCAUCAUCUUCGCUGUGGAAGUGGCUGCUGGGAUCUGGGGUCUCUCCAACACGCACACGGUGGUGGAAGAAGUCACAGAGUUCUACAAGCAGACUUACGACAACUACAAAAGCACCAGACAGGACGCGCUGAAGGAGUCGCUGCGUCUCAUCCACUUUGGACUUGACUGCUGCGGUCCAACGGGGACGGUGAUUGAUGCCGCCAAAGAUAUCUGUCCCAAAAAGGAGGGUCUGGAGGUCCUCAUCACCACGAGCUGUCCAGCUGCCAUUGACGAGGUGUUCAACAACAAGCUGCACAUCAUCGGCGGAGUCGGCAUCGGUAUCGGAAUCAUCAUGAUCUUCGGCAUGAUCUUCAGCAUGAUGCUCUGCUGUGCCAUUAAGAGGUCCAGGGACUUCGUCUGAAGAAAAACACACUUUUCACAUCCUCACCUCUUAAAGUUUAUAUCAGAUUAAUCGUCAUUUAACAGAAGUCUCGUAGUUUACUGCUCGGUCCGUACAGGAUGAACACAAUCUGUGAGAGUAUGGAUCCUCUAAUUGUUUGAGUCUUUUCCACUCACGAGUACAAAUGUAAUCUUACCUACAAAGUAAACUGAACUGUUUUCUCCAAUGUGAUGAAUUUACAUCCUGCUCUCUGCUGCCCUCUGUAGGAAACUGAAGAAUACAAACGUUAACUCUUCACUGUUUGGAUAAUCAGUUCAGUUUUAUGUAAAAUGUGUUAAAACGUUAGCCUGUGGUUGGUUUGUAAUCUAACAGGCUUUUUGUAGCUAACUUAAUUUUUAGUACUUUACUUUCUUAUUUUGUUUAUUUUUGCUCGUUCAUGAAGUUACAUGUUUUGAUUUUUUUUUUUUUUUUUUUUUUUUAAAGUUGACCUGUGGAGUUUUAUGCAAAUAUUUUGAUGAAUGCAGUUAAAAUAUAUAUCUUUAAAAUGCCAAAUAAAUUAACUAAUGAACUCUG